AUGAUAUUCAACAUUGACGAUCUCGUCGUCCAUUUUCCGUAUGAUAAAAUCUAUCCAGAACAAUAUCAAUACAUGUGCGAUUUGAAGAAAUCAUUGGAUGCUCAGGGUCAUUGCUUACUUGAGAUGCCUUCUGGCACAGGCAAGACCGUAUCCCUCCUGUCAUUGAUUGUUGCCUACCAAAUGCAAUACCCAGAAAAUCAUCGUAAAUUGGUAUAUUGUUCACGUACUGUACCUGAAAUCGAAAAGGCAUUGGCGGAACUCAAGCACUUGAUGGAUUACAGAGAAAAGGAAGGAUUGGUAGACGAUUUCUUUGGAUUGGGUCUGACAAGUCGAAAGAACCUGUGUCUUCAUCCAGUCGUUUCCAAAGAAAAGAAAGGAAAGGCUGUGGAUGCAAAAUGUAGAAACAUGACCGCAAGUUGGGUUCGUGCAAAGGCAGGAAAACUUGGAAAAGACCAGGGACCUUCGAACGCAAUGGAAGUAGACACUGAUGUCGAAUUGUGCAGCUUUUAUGAACAAUUGGAGUCUACAAAGGUACCAAAACCGAUUCCCAAUGGUGUCUACACUCUAGAGGAUUUAAAAGAAUAUUGCGCAAAAAUGAAUUUUUGUCCAUACUACCUUGCAAGGCGCGCAAUACCAUUUGCCAAUGUCGUGAUAUAUUCCUACCAUUACAUGCUAGAUCCAAAGGUAGCUGAAUUGGUAUCAAGAGAACUAUCCAAGGAUUGUGUGGUUGUAUUUGAUGAAGCACACAACAUUGACAAUGUGUGCAUUGAAUCCCUCAGUCUUGACCUCACAAGACCCAUGCUAGAUGCAGGAGCAAGAAGUAUUGGCAUUUUGUCGGAUAGGAUUGAUGAGAUAAAAAGAACAGAUGCUCAAAAAUUGAAGAAUGAGUAUUCAAAACUAGUAGAAGGGUUAAUCAAUGCAAGUGCCGCACGGGAUGAAGAUACGUUCAUGGCAAACCCUAUAUUACCAGACGAUCUGUUAAAAGAAGCGAUUCCGGGUAACAUUAGAAGGGCAGAACACUUUGUGGCCUUUUUACGGCGUUUCAUUGAAUACCUUAAAACUCGUUUACGUGUAAUGCAUGUAAUCGCUGAAACACCUGUUUCAUUCUUACAACAUUUGAAAGACGUUACUUACAUUGAACGCAAGCCACUACAAUUCUGUGCCGAACGACUCACAAGUCUGGUUAGAACUCUUGAAUUGACAGAUCUUGAUCAUUUCUCCAGUCUGCAGAAGAUUGCAGCAUUUGCCACCCUAGUAGCAACCUAUGAUAAAGGCUUCCUAUUAAUUUUAGAGCCAUUUGAAACCGAAACAGCCACGGUUCCAAAUCCUGUCUUGCAUUUCACAUGUUUGGACGCAUCUAUAGCAAUUAAACCCGUAUUUGACCGGUUCAGUACUGUGGUUAUUACUUCCGGAACCUUGUCCCCCUUGGACAUGUACCCCAAGAUGCUCAAUUUUGAAGCAGUUGUCCAAGAAAGUUAUACCAUGACACUGAGCCGAAAUUGUUUCCUUCCGAUGGUUAUUACCCGUGGUUCUGAUCAAGUGGCCGUAAGCUCCAAAUUUGAGGUGCGCAAUGAUCCUGCUGUGGUUCGAAACUUUGGUCAAAUUAUGGUGGAAUUUUCAAAGAUCGUACCAGAUGGAAUUGUUUGCUUUUUUCCUAGUUAUCUUUACAUGGAGCAGAUUGUAUCCAUGUGGAACGAUAUGGGUAUCCUUAAUGAAGCGUGGAAACAUAAGCUCAUCUUUGUAGAAACACCCGACUCUGCUGAAACUAGUCUGGCAUUGGCCAAUUAUAGAAAAGCCUGUGAUAAUGGACGAGGUGCGAUUCUCUUGUCUGUUGCACGAGGAAAAGUAUCAGAGGGUAUUGAUUUCGAUCACCAUUAUGGACGAGCUGUGCUUAUGUUUGGUAUCCCAUACCAAUACACAGAGUCUCGUAUUUUAAAGGCUCGCUUAGAAUAUCUGAGAGAUAACCAUCACAUUAGAGAAAACGAUUUCCUGACAUUUGAUGCUAUGAGACAUGCAGCACAGUGCGUCGGAAGAGUUUUGAGAGGAAAGACAGAUUAUGGUCUAAUGGUGUUUGCAGACAAGCGAUUUGCACGAGCAGACAAGAGAGCAAAGCUGCCCAAAUGGAUUAACCAGUAUGUAACAGAUGCGUCUACCAAUCUAUCAACAGAUAUGGCACUUGUUAUUGCCAAGAAGUUCUUGAGAACCAUGGCUCAACCGUUCGAGACUACACAGAGUGGAGUUUCUUUGUGGACUCUAAAGGACAUUGAGGCCAGACAGAAAAAGAUUGCAAGUAAUCCAAACUAA